CAUAGUCCCCAAGCCUUGGUCAGUAAAUACGAGUGAGGUCUGUCGUAGACCCUGCAUUAUAUUUGUGUAAGACAGAGAAAAAGAUCCCUCCUCUCUCUGAUGACACCUGAGGUGGGAACAAUCCCAGCUGCACACACAAUCCGGGAAUACUAAAAUGCUUUACAUAAGUGACGCAGCCCAGCACUGCACCACGUCCCAGUUUAAUUUGCUAAACAGCAGCAUGGAUCAGAGUAUCACCAACCGUGCAUCUUCCGCCAGCCCUUACAACUCGGAGCACACAUCGAAUGUCCCAACACCAUCUCCCUACUCACAGCCAAGCUCUACGUUUGACACAAUGUCGCCUGCUCCAGCUAUCCCCUCCAACACAGAUUAUCCAGGACCACACUUAUUUGAAGUCACUUUUCAGCAAUCAAGCACUGCAAAAUCAGCUACCUGGACUUACUCUCCGUUGCUGAAGAAACUUUACUGUCAGAUUGCAAAGACAUGUCCCAUCCAAGUGAAACUGACUUCGCCACCACCUCCAGGUAGUGUGGUGCGUGCAAUGCCCGUCUACAAAAAGGCUGAACAUGUGACUGAAGUGGUCAAACGCUGCCCCAAUCAUGAACUUGGCAGAGACUUCAAUGAUGGCCAGUCAGCUCCUGCCAGUCACCUGAUCAGGGUGGAAGGAAACAACCUCGCUCAGUACGUCGAUGAUGCUGUCACUGGACGACAGAGUGUCAUGGUGCCAUUCGAACCCCCACAGGUUGGAACUGAGUUCACUACAAUUCUCUACAACUUCAUGUGUAACAGUAGCUGUGUGGGUGGAAUGAAUCGAAGACCCAUCCUCAUCAUCAUUACCUUGGAAACAAGAGAUGGUCAGGUUCUUGGACGUCGGUCAUUUGAGGGUCGAAUCUGCGCCUGCCCAGGAAGAGAUCGGAAAGCGGAUGAGGAUCAUUACCGUGAGCAGCAGGCCAUCAAUGAGAGCGCAGCAAAAAACGGAAAUGGUAACAAACGCACAUUCAAACAGACACCACAAGCAGCACAGGGACCCAAUGCAGGCAUUAAAAAAAGGAGGCAUGGAGAUGAGGAGUUCUUCUACGUGCCAGUUCGAGGACGAGAGAAUUUUGAAAUCCUCAUGAAGAUCAAGGAGAGCCUGGAGCUGAUGGAAUUGGUACCUCAGCAGCUUGUUGAUUCAUACCGGCAGCAGCAACAGCAAUUGCUGCAGCGCCAACAGCAGGCUUCAUCUUCCUAUGGCACAGUGAUACCCCCCACAAACAAGGUACCCAAUAUGAUGAACAAACUGCCCUCUGUCAACCAGCUGGUAGGACAGCCUUCCCAGCACAGCCCAAGUACCUCAGCCACCCAUGGACACAUUGGGCCAACUAUAAUGAACAACCACCAUCAUCACCACCAUCAUCAUGUACCAACCAAUGGAAACAUGAAUGGAGGAAAUUCCUCUCAGUCAGCAGGCAUGGGGCCCGCUUCACACUGCACCCCGCCCCCACCCUACAAUGCAGACCCUGCUCUAGUCAGUUUUUUAACAGGUCUGGGCUGCCCUAACUGUCUGGAAUAUUUCACCUCACAAGGGCUGCAGACUAUGUACCACUUGCAGAACCUUUCCAUGGAGGAUCUUGGAGCAUUAAAGAUUCCAGACCAGUACAGACUUCUGAUUUGGAGAGGGCUUCAGGAGUUCAAACAGGGGCAUGACUAUAGCUCACAACAGCUGAUCAGAUCCAGCAACAACACCGCCACAAUCAGUGGAGAGCUUCAACGUCAGCGGGUGAUGGAGGCUGUCCACUUCCGAGUGCGUCACACCAUCACCAUCCCAAACCGGGGCGACGACUGGGGAGACUUUGGCUUCGACUUGCCUGACUGCAAGACGCGAAAACCGUCAAUCAAAGAGGAGUUUACUGAGAGUGAGCUAAAUUAAACACAGGGAAGGGAAAAGCAAGGAGAAAGGAAUCUCUGCAGCAUCUCAUGUUGCUGAAAGCACUGACUGUUGUAAAAUAAGCUGAGGGAGGCUGGACUAUGUGCUCCAACUGACCAUUCCUGCUGUAGUGCUACAAACAUUGUCCCUGGUUGCUCCACACCCAGGCAGGUUGAAUACUUUGCAGAACAGAGGGGUUUGCUUAUCAGUCAAAUGUGGGGUCACCUCACAGCUAUUCUUCUUGGAGUUAACCUGAAUACUAAAUGUUUUUUGUUCUUCUUUCACAUUGCCCCUCUGUCUUCAGAUCACUGUUUCCAGUCAGACAAUAUUCCCUCACCUAUCACCACACUCCAUCAAUCCAUGAUUACGGGUCUGCGAUGCUUCUUGUUCACUCGGAGCAGAGCAUCUGUCACAUUCCUCCUCAUGCUCUGUCCAUCUGUUACUGUGCACAGCUCAUACUUUGCUGAACUGCCAAAAAUAUUUCUGAACAUUCAACAGGCCUGUUAGCACACUACUGACUGCAAGAGGGGAGCGGUCUGGCUGCACUCCAUACUUCCUGUGUAUUUAUAUAUUUGUUGAUUUCCACAACUGACAAUUUAGUUGCUUCUUGACGUUACAGGAAAUCUUUGCUGAUGAGAACAAAAUGUGUAUUGAAAUAUAAUGGCUACUUGAACAGAAAGCCUUUCAGCUACAGUGCAGUUCUCCCCUUCCUCAAGGGGCUCCAGUCUUAAUACACAUGGAAAUAGUCUUAGAGGUACCCCAAAGGUUGACAGAUGAGCAAAAAAAAAGGAUGGGGUGGGGGGUUAGGCCUUCACUGUGGGUGUACUGUUAAAACUAAGGACUUCUGUUUCAUCGAGAGAGGAGUUUGAUGGCUCACUAGAUUAUGGUAACUCUACAACUCUUGCAGUUUUAUUUUUAAAAAAUGAAAAUGCUGUGAAUAUACAGCAGGUCCAUAAGAAUUUAUGAAGAGAGAGGCCAGAUUAAUGCUUCAUGUAGAAGUAGAAACUGGAAUAAAAGGGGCCAUUUAAACAGGUUCCAAAGAUUUCAAUAUUUCUCAUGAGUAUUUGUUGUUUUGCCAAAAAAUACAUCCAUUGUUUCUAAUUGGUUUGCAUUUCUAUAUCAUUCCAUCUGCAAAAAUUAAAUGUAUUAUAUAAAGUGUUAAUCUCAAUACAAUCCACUUUCUUAAAAUGGCUCCCUGAUCUUCCAGUUCCUACAGUUUACACCAGAAACGUUAAACUGUCUCUCCUCUCGCCCACUUGAGUUUAGAUUGAGCCAGGCUGACAGAGACCAAUGUGAUGUCUUUGGAGCAGAUUGUACCAUGUUAGCUCUUGUCCCAAUCCAGGGCAGACAGUCAGCGGAGAAGCAAGCUAGGAGGAGUUUAAAAUUGCCUGUCAGUUUGCUAUUGCUUGUUAUUGCUUUAGUCCAAAAGGAAUUGCUACUGUUUAGUAUUCCAUUCAAUCCUGAGCUAACCAUUAAACACAUCAGUCCGUCCUCCAACCUGUCCUUUACCUGUUCAACCUCCUGCUGUGUUCAUCACACACACGUUGCUGAAACUUUCAUCUGCACCUUUCAUACCGUCACAUUCGACUCCUCCAGCUCUCUUCACCAGCCUUGCUAAGCUCUGCCCUAUUCAAACAUCAGACCUCCAUCCCAAUCCAUAUUAAAUCCUGAUCAUCCAGAACCCCUGUCCUCUGUAGAUGAGAACAGGUUGCUGUCCGUCCAAGCACUAUUUCAAAAUACCUGCCCUUCAAGGACCAUGGGUCCAGACUUGGGAAGCUCAUCCUAGAUCAAUACAUCUUGAGCUGAAACUUGUUUCUUUAAACUGAUCUUCAAGCCCUUCCCAACCCUACUCUGAAGCCAUACUCAGUGUUUAAUCUUCCUCCACUCAGUGAAUCAUGUUUGGAUGGUCCAUUAAGUUAAAUGCAUGUGAUACUUGUUCUUUAACAAUGGAGAGGCAGGGCCUAUUUUUAAUGUGUAAUCAAUAGGGACUACUCAGUUUAAAAUAAUUUAUUGAUGCAACAGGAAACUACACCCAAUAGAAAAAGCACACAAACACCAGCAUUCUAACUUGGCUUCACGUGAACCAUUACCUGAUUCCCACAGCCAUUUCAUUACGUUGUUCAUAGAAAUAUUACGUAUCAUUGCAAACGUGACACAUAAACUAUGCCCUAGAGUAGCUCUUGAAUCCCCAAGUUAAUUUGUAAUUCUAGACUUGGCUAAGACUUCUACCUAAUAAAGAAAAUCCUCAUUUUGAAAGAUCUGUAAGCAUCACAUUUGGGAAUCCCUUGAAAGGCAGUACCCACUGUGAAAAAGGUAGCUCUGACAUGAGUUAAUGGCAGCUCUAGUGUAAUCACUGGAGAGACUCCAUGAUGUAUCAGAUGGCUGAUGGGGAGGAAUCAUACCUAUAAGCAGUCAAGAGGAUGCAUGCAUCUGUAAUUUUCUACGGCCAAGUGCACAUUAACUUGUAUUGAUGAAGUUGCAUUUCAAUUAUGUUAUGCCCAUUGGAACGUGCUUUGGCAGAGGACUGUCAUUGCAGAAAAGACAUACAAAAAGACCUGAAAAGCAAAAAAACUGUUGUCUCUAGAAAGCUGGAGUUAAAGCAGAAAUGCAGGAAAUACUCAGCAGGUCAGGCAGCAUCUGCAGAGAGAAACAGAGUUAAUGUUUCAGGUCAAUAAACUUUCAUCAGAUGAACAGUCAUUGAUUUGAAAAAUUAAUUCUUCCUCCACAGUUACUGGCAGACCUGUUAGAAAAUCACAAAAUAUCCAGCAUUUUAUGCUUUUAUACAGAGACUCACUGCACCGUCGACCAGUUACUGACCCCCAGCUCUUUCCUUCCUUCCGCUUUCAGUCCCAGCCUAUUUCCAGGUCAAAUCAUUUCAGGUAUUUUAAUGCAUGUUAAUUUCUUUUUAAUUGAAAUUCUUUAAUUGCGAGCUCUUGAGCAAAAUUUUACCAAGACUUUCACUGAAAGUGUGUUGUUCCAUCUGUUUUUAAACAAUGUGUAAAUAUAUAUAUAUAUUUUUUCCUUUUGGAUGUAUUUUGUGAUCUACACACCUUGCAGGGCAAGGCAAUUCUACCCCAACGAACUAAUGGAAGAAAAAUUCCUCAAGCCAUCUGUAGCAGAUGCAGUCGAGUUUAUAGCAUUUAGUGCUGCGGUGUUGCAUUUAGAGCCAGUGGCUAUUGCUUCUGUCCUAUUGUGGAAAAGACUGAGCUCCUGGAAGCAUUAUUCAUUCUUUCUCAGAUGAAAAACAGGGCAAACGAAGGCUGGUACGACCAGAGGGUGCUGAAAGUUCACACUGCAGGGAGACAAAUGAUCGUCUUUUUUUUGUUUCUUUGAGAUGUUGACCAAGUUAUUUUCAGAACGGGCAGCCCCAUUAGAAGAAAAAGGUUGAGGGGAUUGGUGGGGCACGAGGUGGAGAGAACACCUGGCUUCAAGUUCUGGUCUUCACUUUGUCACUGGGUAAAAUUCAGAGGAUCAGUGCUCCACCUCCAUGUAGAUAGGUGAAAAUUGAGGAGAGGAACAUUGGUUCAUGUAUUUUUUUUUAAAUCACACAAUCUCGUUUUGGCAGUUAGAAACUUCCUGACUUAAUCCCAAACAGUGCAGUCAGUACCAGGUGGUGGCAGGCUGGCUUUAGAGACCUCCACAACUCUGGCUUGACCAGUUGCAAACAUAAUGUGGAGCACAGAGGCUUUCUUUUCAAAGUGUAAUUCAGGUUCUGGUCCACCUUCUGGGUAAAAGUUGACAACGGAGCCACCUCCAACAGCAAGGUGCCCAACCGUAUUCCAUCAGAUGACCAACUGAUGUGGCCAAUCAGGUAACUUUACCCUCCUCUUUGCUCUCCACACUUCUCUGGUAGUUUUGCAAUUAAUAUAAGUGUUCAAAGAACAUUUUUUUAAAUGCCUUUUAAAGCCCUGGUUAUUAUUAAUUGAAUCACGAUGGCAGCCAGGAGAUUAAUCUUUAUUUCACUGAUAUUCCAGGUUAAUUCUAGAGGGUUUAGCAAUCCUAUUACUCCAGCAGGCACAGUGUCUGGAAUUGGCAGAAGAUUUAAAAAGGGAAGGGUGGAGGAUAAAUCACAAAACUAAUGAGGUUAUCUUUCAACAAUAGACAAGCUUGGGACAGAAAUUUGGAAACUCUUUAUAAAAUGUGUGUGAAAUCUUACCCAUAACCUUAUAAUGAUUUUUUUUAAGACUGCAAUGCAUCAGAGAUAAUUAAUUUUCCCCUUCCUCAUUUAAGAGUCUGUGCUGUUGGAAUAUUCUGCAUCAGAUUGAUUAUGGUGGGCAGCACUGGUAUUGUACAGUUACAUUGUGGUGACCUUGAGAUUCAAGUUCCUCCGUGCACCCUUUAUACCCACAUGGUUAACAAGUCCCAGUUAAAUUUCCACUGCACUAUUUCAAUGCAGUUAGUGACCCACUUGCUGUGAAAAUGUUGCCUGAUGCACCACAAGGAACAGAUUGAGCCAGUUAAUCUGACAGCCAUUCACAAGGUCUGUUAUUACAAACAAAACCCAAGGAGCUUGUGUUUGCUUCAGCUCAAAGCAACUGGCAAGGCAGAGUUUCAGGAAUUAAUUUCCCAUUCCCAUAAAAAUAUUGUAACAAAAGGAAUUUUAAUCAGUUUAUUAUAAGGUGGAAUUUUACCUUGGCACACAGCAAAUGGAUGUGGGUGCAAACGAUGGCAGGAAUGUUGCCGUUCCAUUCCCCUGCCGUCCAACUGACUGAUAAGACCAGGUGUUGCAAGGUCUGCUAAACCCUAACACAAAAAGACUUUGCACCCACUUCAGCCCCAGUUUUCCCCUGGACUACCCACCAGAGAAUCAAACACACAAUUCCCUGUUGAAGACAUAUCUACCAAUGGAUGGGUGGCAUUGAUUUAUUCUCAAAGUUGUGAGUAAAUACAUAGUUUUUAAAAAAAAAAUCAGUCACAUUCUCACCCUUUUUUUUCCUCCCCAUCUGUCUGAAGGGUGCUGACUUCAGGGACCCAUUUUUCACCUGUACCUCUGAUUCAAUAGGUGAUCCUCUAUUAGAUCAGACAGUGAGUGCCAAUAAGUCAUUCAACUGCAGACUGCAUCACCAAUGAGCUACUGCUGCUUGGUGAUAUCUGUAUACAUGCAGUCUCCAGCUGGGACCACUAAACAGGCAAUUCUGGUUGAUUUUCUUAUCACCAAUGACAUAAAUGGUCCUCAACUGAUUACAAUUUAUCCUGGAGAUUACAUGGUCCAUGUGUUAAGAAUUUAAGGCAGGAUUAGACCAUCUGGUCCCCUCAGGGUAAAUUGGUAAUUGGUUUAUUAUUGUCACAUGUACCAAGGUACAAUGAAAAACUGUUUUGCAUGCCAUUCAAUAAUAUCUGGCUGCUCUGACCUUGGUACCACUUUCCUGCCUGUUUUCCCAUUCGCCUUGAUUCACCUCUGGACUCAACAUCUCAGCCUUGAAUGCAUUCAGUAAUUCUCUUUGUAGAGAAUUCUAAAGAUUCAUGAUCCUUUUUGAGAGAAGAAGAUUCUUCAUUUUAAAUUGGUUGUCCCUUAUUCCACAACUACACCCCCUUGUUUGAGAUUCUCCCAACAAGAGAAAAUUUCCUUUCAAUAUCUGCCUUGUUCCAUUUAGAUUACGUUUCGUUCUUCUAAAUGCCAAGGCUCCACCUUUUGUCAUGCCAGGAAUCAUCCUCUAUCCACCAAAGACACUUCAAGAGGAUGCAAUCUCUGCCCCAAUCAGGAAUUGAAUAGCUCCCUCUUGGAGAUGAAAAGGCUCUGCAUCCAUCCCACCCAACCCACUGACCAGAACCUGGUUAGGCUCCAGCACUAUGACUCACUCUGUGGUCCUCAUCUUCAAACUCAAUUGCUAAACAACCAUCACAUUUGGUAUUAUGAAAUUAGCCUCCCCAUCAUUCAUUGUCUGAACUCACACAGAAAUAGGCAAGGCACACUGGUGCACUUUUUCCAGCAUAGAAUUUGGGGAGGGGUGGGGGGAAUGAAAAAAAUGCCCAUUUCUUUCUGGAUUUUUUUUAAGACACAGAAAUCCAACAGCAAUCAGUACCCAGAAAUAAUAUGCAACUUUUUUUUUAGUGAUCUCACAAUUCUAGGAGCUCUUUCUCAGUCAUAAUCUGGUGGACACACUGUAAAAUUACAUUUUGGGCACUUGUGUGACCCCACACCUCUGAAUAGUAGCAAUUUAAAGCACUUUAUUGCUUUAAAUGUUAAAGAAUUUAAAAAAUAGUUUCAAUGUCAACUAAUGCUUUUUAAGCCAGUAUUAAUUGUUACCUUAUACUCCAAACCAGUUGUAAUUGUGUAGUUUUUUUUAUUAUUUGUAAUGUAUCCUUUGAAAUUAUGUCUUAAGAUGUUUUGUAUCACAAUAAAGCACAUGGAUCCUGUA